AGUACAUCUCUAAAUUCCGAGGAAACAGAGACAUGGGUUGUGUUGUGUCUAAGAAAGGUGAAGAAGAAGAUGUAGUUUUGCUUUGUAAAGAGAGAAAACGGCAGUUGAAAUUGGCUGUAGAGCGCAGGUAUGCGUUUGCAGAUGCACAAUGCAAGUACAAUCACUCUCUCUAUGCAGUAGCAGCUGCCAUAAGGUUGUUUGUAGCAAGACAUUCCUCUCCUUCUUCUCCAUUUCUCAUCACUUUUCCUUCUACUAAUUCCUCUGAGACCACUGAGACCGUCAUCUCCAACAACCCCAUGUUCCUUCAACAGAGGCCAUCUGAACCCAACUACCAAACCAUUGGUUGCCCAUUUUCUGAUUCUGCAAAUUCUAUAAGCCCUCCAAAGGUAGAUAAAGAAAAACAACUGCAAGAAAACCCAAAUGGCAGAGAAGAAGAUGAAGAGGGUGGUGAUGAUGAUAGUGAGACUGAUGAGGAGGAAGUGGCUUGUGAGCAUUUUUAUAGUGGGAUGGCUCCAACAAUGGCAUCACCACAGAGAGAUUUUGGGUGGGAUUUCUUUAAUCCAUUCUUUGAUGGUGUGAGAACAGAGAUGGGAAAUGGGUUGAGUCAGAACUCUGAUGAGGAUUUGAGACUGGUGAGAGAGAAAGAAGGGAUUCCUGAGUUGGAAGAUGAUGGAGAAAGAGUAAUAAGUGAUGAGAUUGGAGAUUUAAGUAAUUGUGAUGUGGGUCAGGAAGAGAAUGGUGGGACUGAGGCUGUAACAGAAAGAGAGGAUGCUAAUGUGAGCCAAGGGGAGCAAAAUGGUCUAAGGGUGAUUGAUACACCCACAAAUGGGAGGGAAUUGUUGGAAGCAUUGAAAGAUGUUGAGGACCAUUUCCUUAGGGCCUAUGAUUCUGGUUUGGAUGUUUCCAGGAUGCUAGAGACCAACAUGGUUCAAAUGCAAUCUGCCUUGGAGGAAAUUAAAGAAAAUUCAAGUAAGCUCAUGCGGUCAAUCACACGGAGCCGCUCCACUUCAUCCACAUUAUCUUGGUCUUCCUCCUGUAAAAGUCUCCUUACAUCUAGCUCCAAAAGUUCUUCAACGUGGACUCAAUUCAAUAAUGAUCUCUUUGAUGACAAUGGAGUUAUGGGAUCUGGGAGUCAUUCGUUAACACUAGGAAGGCUAUAUGCUUGGGAGAAGAAACUCUUUGAGGAGGUGAAGGUAGAAUACGAAUUCAACAUUCCUUUGCUUCAUUUAGUCUUUUAUAUGACUGUUCGUAUUUCUUGGGAUGGAUGA